GCGGGGCGGGGGAGGGAGGAGCCAGAGCGGCCGCCGCCUCUGCCGGAGGAGCCGCGGGGCCGCCACACUCGCCCCCCGCCCCCCCGCGCUCACUCGCACUCACACCCCGGCGCUGGAGGCGGGCGGCCCGGGCCCCACCGGCCCCCCAUGGACGCCCCCGGCACGGGGCGCUGAGACCCCCGCGUCGUUGCUCAGCUCGGUCCAGCGCGCCAAGCCGAGGUAUCUCCAGACAAGACAAAUCUCUUACAACUUCCGGGGGCCCCUGACCCAGCACCUUUUACCGGCUUGCCCCUAGCUCUCCCACCUGCCACUCCCCGGCCCUUCCCACCACCAGCCCUCCCGGUUUUUUAUUUUGGGGCACAGGGCAUGGUGUGAAAGGCUGAGUACUAAGGGGGCUACUAUGGGUGCUGUGCCCUAGGGCCUGGGUGGUGGGGGGUGGGUGGCCUGUGGGCGUGGGGGGGGCAGUGUGCCCACCCCAGUCUCUUGGCGUGCUGGAGAGCAUCCUGGAUGGAAUUGAAGUGAAUGGAACAGAAGCCAAGCAAGGUGGAGUGUGGGUCAGACCCAGAGGAGAACAGUGCCAGGUCACCAGAUGGAAAGCGAAAAAGAAAGAACGGCCAAUGUCCCCUGAAAAGCAGCAUGUCAGGGUAUAUCCCUAGUUACCUGGACAAAGACGAGCAGUGUGUCGUGUGUGGGGACAAAGCCACCGGUUAUCACUACCGCUGUAUCACUUGUGAGGGCUGCAAGGGCUUCUUUCGCCGCACAAUCCAGAAGAAUCUCCAUCCCACCUAUUCCUGCAAGUAUGACAGCUGCUGCGUCAUCGACAAGAUCACCCGGAAUCAGUGCCAGCUGUGCCGCUUCAAGAAGUGCAUCGCUGUGGGCAUGGCCAUGGACUUGGUUCUAGAUGAUUCGAAGCGGGUGGCCAAACGCAAGCUGAUCGAGCAGAACCGGGAGAGGAGGCGAAAGGAGGAGAUGAUUCGCUCAUUGCAGCAGCGACCAGAGCCCACUCCUGAGGAGUGGGACCUGAUACAUGUUGCUACAGAGGCCCAUCGCAGCACCAACGCCCAGGGCAGCCAUUGGAAACAGAGGCGAAAAUUCCUGCCGGAUGACAUUGGCCAGUCACCUAUUGUCUCUAUGCCGGACGGAGACAAGGUAGACCUAGAGGCCUUCAGCGAGUUUACCAAGAUCAUCACCCCGGCCAUCACCCGCGUGGUGGACUUUGCCAAAAAACUGCCCAUGUUCUCCGAGCUGCCUUGCGAAGACCAGAUCAUCCUGCUGAAGGGCUGCUGCAUGGAGAUCAUGUCCCUGCGGGCAGCCGUCCGCUAUGACCCUGAGAGUGACACCCUGACCCUGAGUGGGGAGAUGGCGGUUAAGCGGGAGCAGCUCAAGAAUGGUGGCUUGGGUGUGGUCUCUGACGCCAUCUUUGAACUGGGCAAGUCACUCUCUGCCUUUAACCUGGAUGACACGGAAGUGGCUCUGCUGCAGGCUGUGCUGCUAAUGUCAACAGACCGCUCCGGCCUGCUGUGUGUGGACAAGAUCGAGAAGAGUCAGGAGGCCUACCUGCUGGCGUUUGAGCACUACGUCAACCACCGCAAACACAACAUUCCGCACUUCUGGCCCAAGCUGCUGAUGAAGGUGACUGACCUCCGCAUGAUCGGGGCCUGCCACGCCAGCCGCUUCCUCCACAUGAAAGUCGAGUGCCCCACCGAACUCUUCCCCCCACUCUUCCUGGAGGUCUUUGAGGAUCAGGAAGUCUAAAGCCUCAGGCGGCCAGAGGGUGUGCGGAGCUGGUGGGGAGGAGCCUGGAGAGAAGGGACAGAGCUGGGGGCUGAGGGAGAACCCCCAUCUCUUCUCUCCUUCCUCCCGUCCUUGGAUAGAUGCAGCUCCCAUACACCCCUGCACUGCCCAGCCCCCUCAGAACCUCCAGCCCUUGGACAGGGCCAUAAAUGAACUUGCUAUGAAAGGCAGUGUGGGAGGCUAGGACCCAAGUUCUAGAGUCUCUGGGACCCCCAACCUCUAAGAAAGUAGGGGAAGGGAAGAAGAAUUGAGAGGGACGUGCCAUCUUGACUGUAGGGUCAGGAGGAAUGAGGACUAGGGGCAGGUGCCCUUACUCACCCCUAUUCACACAGAGAGCCCUGCCCAGUUCCUUGACCUAGAUUUCCCGUCAGGCCACAGGUCUCUACUUCCCCCAAAUACCUGGGUCCUGGAUGCAAAGGACAGCUUGGCUUGGCUUGGCUUAGCUCCUCCCCUGGAGGCUAAAAAACAAAAAACAAAAAACGGUGGUCAUCCUAACUGCACUUUGGAAACCAAUUGAGGGGAGAAUAUAAAUGAAGAAAAACUAGAGAGA